AUGACCGUAUCUGCGGUCUCUUCACUUCUGGCCAAAACUGCAUCUGCAGCUCUUCUGGCCGCUUUUUGCGGCUCCGCACCUGCGGCCCAAAUUUCGCAGUUGCGAAAGAGGAAGAAGGCUUCUGGACCGAAAAUCAACCUAAGCAAGAAGCGGUUCAACGGAAAUUGCUACAACUGUGGGAAAGCUGGACACAAAUUUGCAGAUUGUCGUGCUCCAAGGAAAGACACGAAGAAGGGUCAAGCAAACAUGGUUGAAAAGCACGAAGAUAUUGAUGAUUUAGAAGUGUUUGCUGCAUAUGUUCCCGUUGGACCCGAAGAGACGCUUUCUAUGAGAAAUUCUGCAACGGCCAAAAUUGAAGGAUAUGGCAAGAUAUUUCUGAAAAUGACUUCUAGCAAGGUGUUGACUCUGAACAACGUCCUUCAUGUUCUAGAGAUUAAGAAGAACUUAGCCUCUGUUGCACUUCUCAUUAAGAACGGGUUUAAGUGUGCUUUUGUAUCUGAUAAGGUUGUAAUAUAUAAGAAUGAGAUAUUUGUAGGAAAAUGUUAG